AUGUCCAACGCUAAGAGCGCCCAAACGUCCGACGAAGAGUCAGAAGCACAAAGCUACCCCGGCAUCGCCUUUUUCAUUGUAUACAAGGAAUGCGAAACGUGCAGCGAGGAGAUCCUGUUCUCAGCCCUUCACAGGGAAGACAUGGAACCGGAAAUAACACCUAUCCGAGUUCGAGCCAACGACAUGGAAAAGGCCGCGAAGCAACUGUUCAACGUAGUGAAAGAUCACAAUAAUCCAACAAUACAGGACAUGUUAGAUGUUUCCAAUGUGUACUGUUACAGGAACGCGCGAGAUUGGUCGUCUGACAGCGAUGAAGAUGACACCGAAGUUGAAGAACUGUUGGAGUUCGGAUGCGUCCGUUUUCCCGUCGUUCCAUGUUGUAUUGUAGUGGACAAUGUCAACGAUUUUCGCGACCAAUUAAACACUUCUGUCGCAAGGCUUGAAUCCGACGGUCUCGUUGUUGAUCUGGCUGAAACGCGUGUAGUUGACCCCACCACCUCAUGUCCAUCUUCCAACAACGACGUGACUAAGACGAUCUUUAAAAUCCAGAAAGUUAUGGAAAUCUGUAACCAUGGCCUCUACAAAUCUCAAAUAUACGUAAAACCAGACAAAGCUACGAUGACCUUUGUCCAUAUGAUGGACGUGACGAGUUAUCUCCAUCGUCUAAUGGCCAACGAACAGUUGCGUGAUAAACUUGUGCAACAUUUCCACAUUAUCCAAAAGUUUCUGUCACACCCUGCGUGCGAACUAAUUCCGCAACUCGACUUCGACCUGGACCUGAUCGAGGUGUUGAAUGGGUACUGCUUUUCCAUAAAAUCGCGAUGCUUCAUUCCCUGCCCCAUUCCCACAUCAAUGCUCGGCAAAGUGUCCCCAAGAUCUUUCGUGCCCUACGAUCACUCCACUCCUCCGCAGCCACAGUAUUUCAAGGAAGGCAUCUUAAAUUCCUUUUCUGACGAGGGCGUACGUGCCAAGUUCCUAAAUAAGUUCUAUCAAUGUCUGUUGGCGUUCAACAUGCCACACAAAGUCAAGAAGUUGGUUGUUGCCGGACCCAAGGACUCGGGAAAGACCUCGUGGUCCAACAUCUUUCAUCGCCUCAUACCCGCCAAUUUUAUCGCUUCCCUUACCAACGAGCGACAAUUUUCUGCGGCAAUGAUUACGAACGAAACUCAACUAGUUAUCGUCGACGAAUGGUCCGCGACCAGGAUGGAGUCCGACCUGGCCAAGUGUAUCCUGCAAGGAGGCUGGAUGGUUACUGCAGUGAAGCACGGUUUACCGAGGACAAUUCUUAACAACAGUCCCUAUUACAUCACCACCAAUGAAGUGCCGGACUUCGGGAAAGACGAUGAAAAUGUCAAACGAAGAAUUGCAAUUUUUACCACCACAUCUCUUCCACGAACACGGACAGGUAUUGACCGAUGGCUUUACGAUCAUGCCAUGGAUUGUGUCGCGUGGAUCGCCAAUGAAAUCAACAACAACCGACAUCUCCUGCCACAGGACGAGCUAUGGUACGAGCAAACCCGGACACCGACGUUUACGAUCAGCGCGAAGGAGGGAGAAUCAUUGCUCGAUCAUUCCAAACUAAAGCUAAUAUCUCACGCAGAUUUACUUCGCGAGGACAAUGGAGAUGAUGACGAAACCGCACCUGCAAUUCACGAAAGCUUCGCAGCCGAAGCAAGAGCCAGGCGACUACGACGAAAGAGACGUGCUGCUCGGACGUCGCCGUGCGAUGAGGAAUCGGCAGAAUCAGAAAUGGACAUUGGUCGAAAUGUUGACAUAGAAGGUGAAACAUCACAAUCAAUAUCAGAGGAAUUGCAACAACAUCCUCCAACCGUUCCUGAAACGCAAGAACCCGAGACGUUCCAACCGCCGUCAAAUACUUCUCCCAGCGGCAGCGACCAACUGCCUGAAGUUGACACGCAUCAAUCGAAAGCAAGGGAAAAUCCACCAGCCUCGGACAUUGAGAGGAAUGAGGCAGAGACUGUGCAACCGCCGUCGAAUAGUUGUGAUACCGUCCAAGUACCUGAAAAUGAGGACGAAAUGUCAAGCUCUGGAGAAGGACUGUCCAGCCUGCAGAUGGCUCGCUCUUCGCCAACAACUGUUUGGACGCUGAAUAGCAAAAAAUAUAUGGGAAAGGUGGCAGCGAUCAUAAAAUACGGUCACAAUUCCGUGACAAAAGCUCACGUCCACUCCUUCCUAGAACGCCUGCGGAAGGCCAAACUGAAAAGAACGAAGGACGAACAGCAUUUCUGGACGAAGGCCGAUCCAGAGAUUGACGCAUGGAUGAUAAUGACUGGGAGACAACGAGAGGUAUUCGACGUGUCCAUCUUUGUUAAACAGAAUCCAGAAAUAUUACCACACCUGAAAAGUAUUCGUGACGAAGCGAACGUUCUAGUGCUUAGAAGUCGCUGCCCCAUUGCAAGGGAGAUGGAAAAGCAGAGACGAGAGAGAGACGGCGAAACGAGCGAAGAAAAAGAAGAGGUUCCAUCUCAAACUUAUUGGACUGUUGUAAAAAAAUGGAUGCCGUGGUGA